AGAAAAAAUCCUUUAGCAUCAAAUAUCCACUGCCCUGGACUUUUUCUUCCAUUCUUUCAGAGGUGUGGGGGCGAAGAAAAAGAGAGACCCAGCAUCGCCAGGUAGAAGUCACGGCCUGCCUUUCUGACAGGCUGCAUGUGGACAGUUGGUCUGAGAUGGCAGUUUUCAGACAGGGUGAUCAUGUGUGGGUGGAUUUGUCCUCCAACAACGUCCCCAUUGGUGCAGUUGUGAAGGAUAACACUAACCCUAAUAAAGUCUUGGUAGAAGAUGAUGAGGGAAAGGAAUGCUGGAUUGAAGCUCAGGACUUCAAAUGCCUCCAACUCAUGAACCUCAGUUCAGCUCAGGGGGUGGAAGACAUGAUCCUCCUGGGGGACCUGAAUGAAGCUAGUAUGGUGCACAAUAUUCUCAUCCGCUACCAGAAGCACAAAAUCUAUACUUACAUAGGUACAAUCUUGGUGGCUGUGAACCCUUAUCAGGUGCUGCCCAUCUACACUAUGGAACAGAUCCAGCUGUACUACAACCAGAGGAUAGGAGAACUGCCCCCUCACGUCUUUGCCGUCGCAGACAGCUGCUAUUUCAGUAUGAAGAAGAACAAGAGAGACCAGUGCUGCAUUAUCAGCGGCGAGUCAGGAGCUGGGAAGACAGAAACGACCAAACUGAUACUUCAAUUCUUAGCCAUCAUUAGCGGCCAGCAUUCUUCGAUUGAGCAGCAGGUCCUGGAGGCCAACCCUAUUUUGGAAGCCUUUGGCAAUGCCAAGACAAUUCGAAAUGACAACUCAAGCCGCUUUGGGAAAUACAUCGAAAUCCACUUCAACAAAAAUGGAGUGAUUGAAGGAGCCCAAAUAGAACAUUUCCUUCUAGAGAAGUCCCGAGUCUGCAGGCAGGCCCUGGAAGAAAGGAACUACCACAUCUUUUACUGCAUGUUAAUGGGGAUGAACGAGGAGCAAAAGAAGCUGCUGAGUUUGGGGACAAUCUCAGAGUACAACUACCUCACCAUGGGUCACUGCACAUCCUGCGAGGGUCGCAAUGAUGUCAAGGACUAUGCGUCCCUUCGCUCCGCUAUGAAGGUUCUUAUGUUCUCUGAUUCUGAAAACUGGGAUAUUAGCAAAUUGUUGGCAGCUAUUCUUCACCUGGGUAACGUGGAAUUUUCAGCUGCUAUUUCUGACAAUCUGGACUGCUCUGAUGUCGUUGAGACUCCACACUUCCUGGCUGCAGUUGAGUUACUGGAGGUGAAGGCUAUGGAGCUCCAGAUGUGUUUGACCAAUCACUACAUCAUCGUCCGUGGGGAAGGAGUCUUCCGACCACUGAACAUCCUCCAGGCCAGUGACCGACGAGAUGCUUUUGUCAAGGGAAUUUAUGGGCAUCUCUUCCUAUGGAUAGUCAACAAGAUCAAUGCUGCAAUCUUCAGGGAACCCUCCAAAGACCCUCAGAAUGUGCGCAGGUCCAUUGGCCUCCUGGACAUAUUUGGCUUUGAAAACUUUCAUACAAAUAGCUUUGAGCAACUCUGCAUCAACUUUGCCAAUGAGCAUCUCCAACAAUUCUUUGUCCGCCACAUCUUCAAAAUGGAGCAGGAAGAGUACCAUGCAGAGAACAUCGCCUGGAACUACAUUCAUUUCAAUGACAAUCGGCUCACUUUGGACCUACUGGCUCUCAAACCGAUGAACAUCAUCUCGUUGAUGGAUGAGGAGAGCAAAUUCCCUAAGGGCACAGACGCCACCAUGUUACAAAAAAUGAACCAUCUCCAUAGCAAUAACAAAAUAUAUGCGGCACCCAAGAACAUUCACGACAUGAAAUUUGGCAUUGUUCAUUUUGCUGGUUUAGUUCAUUAUCAGACUGAAGGUUUCUUGGAGAAGAAUCGUGAUGUUCUGAGUACUGAUAUCAUCAAACUAGUAUAUUCAUCUCAAAAUAAGUUCCUGAACCAAAUUUUCCAGUUGGAACCUUCCCAGAUCAAGCUACGCCAUGGUACCAUCCGUCUGGCUAGGUCUUCAGACUUACUGUCUACGAAUGCUGAUGUCACCAAACGCUUCUCUACCCUAGCAAGCCAGUUCAAGCAGUCCCUGGAUCAGCUGAUGAAAAUCCUAAACAGUUGCCAACCCUACUUUGUCCGCUGCAUCAAACCCAAUGAAUUCAAGAAACCCCUGCUCUUUGAUCGGGAGCUGUGUAUUCAGCAGCUACGGUACUCUGGCAUGAUGGAGACUGUGGAAAUAAGGAAAUCAGGCUAUCUCAUCCGCUACACCUUUGAAGAUUUCUUCCAGAGGUACAAGAUACUCCUACCUGCGGCUGCUCGAGUAGAGCUGCAGGACAAACCUCGUCAGGCCAGUCUGCGCAUCUUAGAAACCUGGCUAGGGAAAGAUGAAAACUGGAAAAUGGGGAGGACCAAAGUCUUCCUCAAGGAUUACCAAGAUACUCUAUUGGAGAAGCAGAUGAGCCAGGAGCUGCACAAGAAUGCUGUCACCAUACAGAAAGCCAUACGAGGAUACAAGUAUAGGAAGGAAUUUCUGAGUCAGAAGCAAGCAGCUGUGGCCCUUCAGGCAACAUGGAGAGGUUAUGCUUGCAGAAGAAAUUACAAGAUGAUCCUUUUGGGCUUUGAGCGGCUACAGGCUAUCAUUCGAAGGGGCCAAUUGACAAAACAAUAUAAUGCCAUGCGGGCCAAAGUUAUCCAGUUCCAGGCCCUUUGCCGAGGCUAUCUGAUUCGCCAGAAGGUUGCAGAGAAGAAACGGGCAGUGGUGGCAAUCCAGGCACAUGCAAGGGGAAUGAUUGCCCGCCAGAAUCUCAAGAGGAGAAGAACAGAGCACCAGAACAGACCUGAGACAAAGAAGCUUCAACUGGAAGAGAAGGAAGGUCUGAGGCUGAUUGUCAGGUCAAAGAAGGCAAAGGAAGAAGCCAGUCACCUCCAAAAGGAACAUCUGGCUGCCCUAGAGAAAGAAGAGGAAAGGAAGAACCAAAUGGUCCAACCAGCCAAGAAGCGUGAUUCAAUCUAUGACCCUGUCAAUGAUACUGAAAUGGUUGAGGAAGUAUUUGGCUUCCUCCCAAUGAUCAUAGGUGGCCAGAAAGGCCAGGCACCACAGGGAUUUGAGGAUCUGGAAACAACCACUGAGAAGUUGACUGAGGUAGACUUGGACACCAUCCCUAUGUCAGUGGAGCCUGAGGAAGACAUGGAUGACCUAGAUGAGUAUACUUUCCCCAAAUUUGCUGCUACCUACUUCCAGAAGGCUGCUACCCACACACACAUUCGCCGGCCCCUCCACCACUCAUUGCUCUACCAUGAAGAGGAUGAAAACUUCAAGAUUGCUCUAGUUAUAUGGAAGAUUAUCCUGCGAUUCAUGGGUGAAUUCCCUGAGCCCCAGCUAUUUGCCAAGAACACCAACCCCCAGGGCACAUCGGUAGCAAGACAAAUCCGAGACACUCUUGGUAAGAAGAAUAAUGCCCAGUUUGUGGUGGACAGCGUGCCAGAGAAGAAGUCCACUUGGAGGAAGAAGAGCAACAGAGACAUUUCCUCCAUGAAGCUGAAGCGUUCAUCCAGGUUGACAGGAGAGGUAGCAAGCAAGCUGAGCAGCGGAGAAGAAGCCUUUGAGGAAGAAAGCCCUAUCACAGAACGACCUAUGUCCAAUCUGGAAAAGGUCAACUUCAUCAUCAGAAAUGGCAUCCAGCAGCCCAGCCUCAGAGAUGAGAUCUACUGCCAAAUCUGCAAGCAGCUGUCUGAGAACUACAACAAGAACAGUUUUGCAAGAGGGUGGAUUCUACUGUGUCUUUGCCUCGGCUGCUUCCCCCCUUCAGAGAAGUUUAUGAAGUACCUGCUGAACUUCAUCAGCAGAGGCCCACCAGGCUACAGAUCCUUCUGUUCAGAGCGAUUGAGGCGUACCUAUGCCAAUGGAGUGAGGACUGAGCCUCCCAACUCGCUAGAGCUCCAGGCGGUCAAGUCCAAGACUCGUAUUCCUUUCAACGUCACCCUGAUGAAUGGGGAAAGCCUGACAAUUACAGCCGACUCUGCCUCUUCCUCCAGGGAAGUCUGCCAGCAUAUAGCUGAUAAACUACAGCUAAAGGAUCUCUUUGGAUUUUCCAUCUAUGUUGCCAUAUAUAACAAGGUCUGGUCAUUAGGUGGAGGGCGUGACCAUUUGAUGGAUGCCAUCUCCCAGUGUGAACAACUAACCAAGGAGAAGGGUGAGAAUGAACGCCUGUCCCCUUGGCGCUUCUUCUUCAGAAAAGAAAUCUUCACUCCAUGGCAUGACUUCAAGCAGGAUCCUGUCAGCACAGAACUCAUUUAUCACCAGAUUAUCCGAGGAUUCCGGUUUGGAGAGUACCGCUUGGAGAAGGAGGAGGACCUGGUGGAGGUAGUAGCCAAACACUGCUACAUUGAAUUUGGGAGCUUCAUCCAGAGCAGUGACAUCCAGAAGACCCUUCCUGCCUGCAUCCCUGGGAGGGUGCUCAAGACAAAGUCACAGGAACAGUGGGUCAACCUCGUGACUGCAGCCUGUGCAAAGGCUCCCUACAUCCAAAAUCGCUCCUCUCCACUAUUGGUAAAGGAAGAAAUUGUGACUAUGGUUUGUUUUCAAUGGCCUCUACUAUUCUCCAAGUUUUUUGAAGUUACCAAAGUUUCAGGGCCCAGCCUGCACAAGACUCAGCUGAUUUUGGCCAUCAACUGGAAAGGUAUCUGCUUCCUCGACAAAUCAGAGAAUAAACUUUUGGACCUAACUUUCCCUGAGAUUACUGGCAUAGCCACCAACAGGGCACCUCAGGUAUUUAAGCAGAAUUUCACACUGUCCACCCUGUAUGCUGAGGAGUAUGUGUUUACCUCCAGCGAGAGCGUGGCUAUCGCCGAGCUAGUGGCCAUGUUCCUGGAGGGUCUGAAGAAGAGAUCGAUCUUUGCUAUGGCCUUAACAGAUAAGAAAUCCACAGAUGACCCCACCAUCCUGAUGUAUAGAAGAGGAGACUUGUUGAUCCUGACUGAAGGUGAAGGGCUAGUGCCCAAUGACAACUGGAUCCUGGCCCAGAAUGAUAGGAUGGGCAAGAUGGGAGCAGUAUCCACUGAAAGCAUCUAUAUCAUCCCCACUGUCGUGAAGCCUACCCCCAAGAUGAUGAGUCUGUUGGCAACGUCCCCUGAGGAUCGGAAGCUGGCCACCCAGAACACACAGCCACAAGAACAUGCAGAAGAAGAGUCGAAGGAAAAGCCAUUCACACUAGAGGAGUACUCCUAUGAAUACUUCAGGCCCCCCGAAAAGGAGACUAUCAACCCAGUCAUGUUCCCCAAGGCAAGGGGUAAGAGCCAGCUGUGGGAGCAUUCCUGGGAGCCCCUCAAACAGCCGCUACUGAAGAGAGUCCAUGCCAAUGUGGACCUUCGGGACAUCGCCUGCCAGACCUUUGCUGCCAUCUUGAAGUAUAUGGGAGACUACCCAUCCAAACAGUCCGGGGAUACCAUGAAGCUCACCGAUCAGAUCUUCGCAGCUGCUGUCCAGGAGGCCAUAUUGAGGGAUGAAGUGUACUGCCAGAUCAUGAAGCAACUGACGAACAACACUAACCGUUACAGCUUGGAGCGUGGUUGGCAACUUCUCUGGCUCUGCACCGGCCUCUUCCCACCCAGUAAAACACUGCUGCCACACACCCAGAAGUUCAUCGAGUCAAGGAGGAAGAAGCAACACAUUGCACCUGAUUGCAGCAGAAGGAUUCAAAAGGUGAUGAGGACUGGCCCCCGGAAGUAUCCCCCUCACCAUGCAGAAGUGGAGGCCAUUCAGCAAAACAUCACCAAGAUCUGCCACAAGGUUUACUUCCCCAAUGACACAGAUGAGAUCUUUGAAGUUGGAGCCAACACAAAGGUUCAGGACCUGUGUCAAAACAUCAGCACUCACCUGCAACUGAGCUCCUGGGAGGGUUGUAGCCUAUUUGUCAGGAUUUCAGACAAGGUCAUUAGCCAAAAUGAAAAAGACUACUUCUUUGAUUCCUUAAGGCAGGUGUCUGACUGGAUGAAAAAGACCAAGCCUGCAAGAGAAGGGGCAGCAGUAACCCUGUAUUACCAUGUGUACUUCAUGAGAAAACUCUGGUUGAAUGUCUUCCCUGGGAAAGACUUGAAUGCUGACACCAUCCUUCACUAUCAUCAGGAGCUGCCCAAAUACCUGCGUGGAUUCCACAAGUGCUCCAGGGAGGAUGCCAUCCAGCUCGCAGGCCUCAUUUACAAAGUCCAGUUUGACAAUGACAGGUCCCAGCUAGCCACUGUCUCCAGGAUCCUGAAAGAAUUGGUGCCUGAGAACAUGAUCCAACUGAUGUCUUCAGAGGAAUGGAAAAAGAACAUCUUUGCCGCUUACAGUAAGAGUGAAGAGAAGACAGUGGAUGAAGCCAAGGUGGCCUUCCUGAGGCUGAUUUACCGGUGGCCCACCUUUGGGUCAGCCUUCUUCGAGGUGAAGCAAAGCUCAGAGCCCACUUACCCAGAGGUCAUCCUCAUUGCUAUCAACAAGCAUGGACUGCAGCUCAUCCACCCCAAGACCAAGGAGCUCCUAAAUACCUACCCCUUUACAAAAAUCUCCAGCUGGAGCAGUGGUAGCACUUAUUUCCACCUGGUGCUUGGGAACCUCAUGAGGGGGAAUCGGCUGCUGUGUGAGACCUCCCUGGGCUAUAAGAUGGAUGACCUACUGACAUCCUAUGUGCAGCUGCUCCUGUGUUCGGUGAACAGACAGAAGAAUCUCUGAACCUUAGACUGAGGUGGCACAUUGGCUGAGGUCACAGCUACCCAUCCACCUGCUGAAUGGACAGGAACUCUCAUCUCCACAGAGAAAGGCAAGGCUGCCACCUGUUUUACCUCUCACUUCUCCAGUUUCCUCAUCCUGGAAUGGACUGAGCUCAGCCAGAGCAUUAACUAGGAAUUUUUGCACCAGGGCAAGCAACACGUAGUGUGAAGCAUAUCCUUAGUUUGUGAUUGAGGGUGGAGGUGGAAUGAGGAAUGUCAAGAGUCUACCCCAUGGAUGGUGGGAAGACAUCCAGCACCCACUUGGGUAUCCAGUAGAGUCAGGUUGCUGCUGGGGAGGUCACUACCCACCAUCUGGUAGCUUCCUAGUAUCCAAAAUAGAAUUAAUUAUCCCCACACACACAACACCCAACUGUCCUCCAAAUUUACCUAUUUCUCUUGAGGACAUAACCAUCUUUCUAGUUACCCCAAUUUACAACCUCAGAAUCAUCUUCACUUCUUCCUUCUCAUUUUUCCCCAUAUCCAAUCAGUCACCGUGACUUUUUGAUUCUACCUCCACAAAGUCUCUCUCAUUUAUCCACCUCAAGUAACCACCAGCCUAGUUGCAGCCCUUAUAGCCUCUUACCUGAACUAUUGAAAUAGUUUCCUUAGGGUACUGUUUCUAGUAUCUCCUCUCUCUAAUCCAUCUUACCAAAAUAAUUUUCAUGAAGAACAGAUCUAACUACUUCAUUCCCUUGAUUAGAAAUCUUUAGUGGCUCCCUAUUGCCUCUAGGAUAAAAUAACAAACUCCCCACAUUAAUAUUUAAAGCCUUUCACAGUCUGGUUCCAGCCUGCCUUUCCAGACUUAUUUCACAUUAUUCUCUUUCUAUGAACUCUUAUGUUCCAGCCAAUAUGUUCCCUUAGUUUAGAAUUCCAUCAGCCACUUCCAGGCCUGUCUUUGCCAGAGCUGCCCCCAUCUCCUGGAAUAUACUUUCUCCUUACAUGUCCCUCCUAGAAUCCUUAUCAUUCUUCAGGCUUCAAUAUAGGAACAUUACUAAUGGUGGUAUUUCCUGAUGCCCUCCACCAGGAGAUAAUGUACUCUAUCCCUCCAAAAGUGAUCUUGUAUUUACUAUAUAACUAUUAAAUCACCCAGUAAAAUGUAAUCUCCUUGAGGGUAUGACUGUUUUUCGUUUUGUUUUUGUGUCUCCAAGACCUAAUAAAGUGCAUUCAAGCUGUAGGCACUUGAUGCCUAACUGAAUUAAAUUUAAAUGAAUGAUAA